GUUGCAACGCGCCUCCAAAAAUUUUAGGGACGUCAAGUUGCUGGCAGGGCUGACUUCAUCUGGCGCAACCCCACGCUGUGUCGUCACUUACAGCCCCGCGCAGUAUCAGAGACAUGUUGCGCUCAACAACCGGACGGCAUUACGUCUGCUGGAGGUGCCAGACAUUGCAAAAGAACCCAACCCAACGUCCACUGGGACGGAUAUCGCAGUCAUGCGCACCGUUAUCGCCAUCUCAGCCAAUAUCAAGCCGCCUGGUGAACACCUCUGCACAGACCUCGGGGGGGCUGCCCCCUUUGCCAGAAUUAUCAGACAAGUUCAGACUGAGGAGGGAACCAUACAUAAAAUCACAGCUUCGACUAUGGGAGGAACAAAAUCCAGACCUCACGCCCCAGCAGCAGGAUGAGGCCACUCCACCCCCAUCCGCCAUCCUCAACUCUGCAACACGGGCCAUCAGUGAUUCCAGCUUUAGGCUCGACCAGACCAAUAACCGAACCGCUGGCUUCGAUUUUGACAGCAGUGAUAUCUCUAGCUUGGGGUACACAAGCACGCAGUUGGAACCAGGAGAUCUUGUGGAAGUCAGCUCUUCCGGCUGGAGAGUGAGGCUUCUCGCUGUCUGCUUGGGCAACUUCAAUGGCCAAAACCACUUCUACACCAACACGGGCAAAUGGUUUACCAGUCGCGUGUUUCGCAGCUCCUUCGUCGUUAGGAACUUUGUGCAGGAUCCGGCCGAGAUAAGUGCCGUGAUCAGUGCUAUUCCAUCUCUGUCCGGAGACGACCUCCUUCUUGACGAACUCCAGGAUAUCAAUGCAGGCCCCUCACGAGAUAUCGCAUCCGGUCUGAUCAAAAAGAUGUACAAAUUCCAGACCGAGGCGCGCCUGCUGCAUCAGACCUAUGUCGAGAGACUGAACAAUGCAGGAAAAAAGCUUGGUGACGAAGACAAGCUUAUGAGCCUGCACGAGAUUGCUGACGCCUUGCUCCCAAUGACCUUGAAGCGCGGCAAAGCAUCUUUCCCACCUGAAGCGCUCUAUGCUGUUCACUCGGUCGUAUCGGUGGAUGACACAGCCUUCCGCGCAGCUCUUUUGGGCGAACGUCACCACGAAGGCCGUAUGUUUACGGUGAACUCGACUGAUAAGCAACGGAACGUGUACGAAGUUGCUGAAGUGGUCCGUAACUUUUACGAAAUCCUGGGCAACUCAUCAAGAAGAAUUCCCCGUCAAGUUGCCCAGGACGCCAUGAAGUUUCGAGACUUUGCAAUCAAAGUACGGAAGAUCAUUGACCAUAACCGGCGUCAUCGUCCAUGGACACCCCAUGGCACAAUAGGACUAGCCAAGAGCGAUGCUGUUCCCAUUCUUGGUGUUGAGCCUGUCGAGUGGACUGGACUUGGUGCCUCUAUCAUCCAAUUCAUGGAGAUGUGGGCAGCCCAUGAUUGGUUUCAACCUGCUUCGCAGCAUCACUGGGUUGGCGCCGCUAUCUUGCGCGCCAUUGGACGAUACCAAGAUGCCUUGCUUGAUCGCAGUUCCGCCUGGACGUUUUUGCAAGAGAUUGGCCACAUUUCUCCUUGGGACAUCAGCCCACGCUAUGCCCUUCGUCUUCCAGGACUGGAGCUUGACCGAGACGCGGGCUUGAAUCUGCAGAAACCCAAAUCAGCAGAAAGACCGGAACCACUUGCGCCCGAUCAGCUCGAGCAUCUCCGUCAAGACUUUGCAGUUUCUACAGUCUACUGCAUUGACUCGGAGCAGACGUUCGAUGUGGAUGACGGCAUCUCACUCGAGAAGCUCACUGAUGAAGAGUAUUGGGUUCAUCUGCACGUUGCCGACCCUGCUUCGCGUGUCCGACCCGACAGUGCUCAGGCCAAGGCAGCGUCGCUACGAGCUGAAACGGUAUAUCUUCCUGGAUUCCAGGAGGAUAUGUUUGAUGGUGAAGCUGUACGCGACGCGUUUUCUCUGGGCGCGAAUCAGCCAAGUUUGACCUUCAGCGCUCUGGUCAAGACCGACGGCACCCUGAAGGAUUAUAGAAUCACCCCUGGUAUUCUACGAAAUGUAGUCUACAUAACCCCCGAAGAGGUCACCUUGGUACUCGAUGAACCUAUCAACAAACCACCCACACCGUCAAAUGAAGUGUUGGAGGUUGGCCCCCGCCCAGCGCGGUCCCCUCCUAGCCGCAACCUCGUCACGGCGGGCGAUCUUUCAAAGAAACACCGAUCUGAACUUAGGACUUUGCAUCAGCUUGGCCAGGCCAUUCACAACCAACGACUUUCCAAGGGGGCUCAGCCAGCCUUCACACCUCGUCCGAAAGCCAAGGUGGCACUAGACGAUGUUAAAACGAUCAAAACAGAGGGUCAGAUACAAUGUUACAACGACCCCUGGAUUCGAGUGGCCUAUGAGGGUUCAACCACAGCAGGCGACGAGCUGGUCGGCCCGCUCAUGGUACUUGCCGGCGAGGUUGCCGCCAGGUGGUGUGCUGACCGGAACAUCCCCAUUCCCUACCGCACCCAGGUCACCAAGAAAGAGAACCUGGAAACACUGAAAGAAUUCACCGAAAAGGUCAUCAACCCCAAACUCCUCGCCGGAGAGCGCAUCAUUGGUCCCGACCUCGACAAACUCAACAAUCUGCGCGGCCACAUGGCGCUGAAGGCCACCCCCGGCCCCAUUUUCUCCAUGGGUGUUGACGCCUACUCCAAGGUGACCUCGCCCCUGAGACGGUACGCCGAUUUGAUCGCCCACUGGCAAAUCGAAGCAGCCCUGCUCGAGGAACACCGUCUUGGCCGGUCCCUGAUCGAGGAACACGGCUCCGACAAUACCAAGGUCGUCCACAAGUUCCUUCCGUUUUCCAAGGAAGUUUUGGAGGAAACUGUCCUUCCUCGUGUUCGUCUUCGGGAGGUGCACGCGACCGCGCUUGGAAACAAUGCGGGUAAUCUGAGAUGGAUACUCCAGGCGAUGCUGCGCGCGUGGAAAUUCGGGGACAACCCGAACCAGCUGCCCGAGACGUUCAAGUUUACUGUUGUCACGAUCAACCCGAAGCGGGAUUUGGAGGGGAAGCUCGACUAUUUCGACCUGGAGGCUACGGUUGGCGUGGAACACGUGGAGGGUUUUGCCCUGAUUGAGGAAUUCAAGAUUGGGGAGGUGUUGGAUGUGGAGCUGGUUGAUAUCAAUGUGUACCACAAGAAGAUUACGGUGAAGCCGGUGAGGAGGUAUAGCCUGCCCGAGGCUGAGUAGAGAAGCCGCUGGGUAGUAGAAGGGGAAAAAAGGGCUGUGUUGGUUGUAUAGAUAUGAGGAUUUUACAUUGCAUGUAUGAAAACCCAAAAGGUAUAUUGGAAAGAGAUACGCGCAACAAAAGCAACAUUGGGCUAUGACAAUGAAGAUAGGGAGCAUGGACUUGUUCAAGAGUAGCCGGCAGAAAUGUUUGUUUCCUCUUACUGGUAUCAUUACACCUAUGAGACUUUGAAUCGCUACC